UGGGUAAAAAUAUGAUUCAAGGUAAAUGAUUAACAUCUUAGAUUGCUUUGAUUUCUCCACCAUAUAUAGUAUAUUUCCUAAGCACUACCAUUGGAAUUUGUUUCUGUUGUGUUAAUUGUGUGCAGAACUUACUGACGGUGUUGUACAAAGCAAUACAAGAAAAACAAUUACAUAUCUUCUACGAAUAGGUUACGGCGAGAUCAUGUUAUCCAGGAAAACUCCGUUGUCCUGGUUUUAAGUAGUCAGCUCGUUUAAUCGCCACACGGUAGGGGAGUACUACACACUUGUUUACUUCGUUUUAUUAUUUAGAGAAAGUAAAGAGAAGUUAGUCAAAAUAAGUGGUUAUUAAAUCUUCGUCGUAGCCUGUGAAGAUUAACGGGUAAUUUGCCUAACUGCUACAGGAUCCUGGGAAUCAGUUGCCUUUGUUGUUGAGCCAAAUAUAACUUCAGGUUUCCAUGCAAUGGUUAAAGAAGGUGGUAUAUUGGCUUUGUGGCGUGGUAAUGGCGUAAAUAUUUUAAAAAAUUGCCCUGAAAGUGCCAUUCGCUUUGGUCUACAUGGAUGGCUUAAGUCUGUAAUUUUCCCAAAUGUGAAAGGACCAUUACCUCCAGAGGAUCGUUUGUUGGUGGCUAGUUUGGCUGGCGCUUCAUCCCUAACAAUAACUUAUCCAGUUGAGAUUUUAAAAACUCGAAUGGCUUUGCGUAAGUCUCAUGAAUCAAAUUCUAUGUUUGUUACAAUUCGAAAAUUAUAUCAUGAAGGUGGUUUACGUGGGUUUUAUCGAGGCUACAAAGUCAGUAUGAUGAGCUAUGUACCGUAUUCUGGAAUGGAGUUGUGUCUUUAUGAAAUGCUUAAGAGACGUUAUCUGGAGUAUCAUUAUGCCCUUCAACAAAAUUCAGACCACACAAUCAAAGUUCACAUGCCGGCUACAAUAACUGUUCCACUGAUUUUGACAUCAUCCUGUAUUCCUAUGCUGAUCACCUAUCCAGCUAACCUACUUAGAACCCGUUUUCAGGCAUCGCCAUCUCCAUGCGGUGCUCCUAUUUUGCAAUCACUUCGAUGUAUCGUAAGGAAGAAUGGAUUUAAAGGAUUAUAUCGGGGAAUGAGUGCUAGUUUGUCAAAAACCUUGCCAUCUGUUUGCGUUACAUAUCUUGUUUUUGAAUUCACCUCCGAAUUAUUAGGUGUUCCUGGUCUUGGUUGCAAAUAA